UCUAAACACAACCGUAAUGAUUUACGUUACAUCAAUGUAAAUACACAUAAACGUUACUAAUGUAACUACACAUAAACAAUCUAAAUACACAAAACGUAAAAGUAAAUUUACAGUUUAAAGUUAGAAAUUUUGUUUUGUUUUAAAGAGAGCUACUUCAAAUAAAUAUAAAAAAAAAUCAUGGCUUAAAUUUUAAAUUAAAAUACAAUGGCAUGUGCUCCAGAAAUAGCUGUAGAGCCCAAGGAUUCACUUUUCAUUGAUUCAUUGAAAAUUUAUGGAUUUAAUUUUAAACCUAAAUCAUCAGUUACAAUAGUUGCAUCAGUAGUCAGCAAGUCUGAGAAUAUUUCUUUUUUUUCAUAUGCUAAUAUAAUUACCUCACAAAAUGGAUCUUUUGAUUUAAGCAAUACUGAAUCUCUGGGAGGAACUUAUACAGGUAUUCAUCAAAUGGGAUUGUUUUGGUCAAUGAAAAACAAACCAAAAAGUAUUAAUCGGCUCCAAGUUGCUGAUCCAAGUGUUCCUUUAGUGUACGAGUUUAAGGUUUAUAAUUCUCAUGCUUGUGACUUCAUUGAUGAUAACUUGAUUUGUAAAACUAAAGCUAAUCGACAUAUAUUAGCUAAAGGCGUUUCUAUAAAAUUUAUUAAAUCUGGAAGAAUUCGUGGUAUUCUAUUCUGUCCUCCUGGUACUGGUCUGUUUCCUGCAGUUAUUACAUUAUAUGGUGUAACCAAGAAACGAUUGCCUAUACAGGAUAGUUCAGCAAUUUUUGCAAACAAUGGUUACGUAUCUUUAGCAUUAGCAUACUUUAAUGUCGAUAAUCUUCCAAAAGUUUAUAACAACCUUGAUAUAGAGUACUUUGAAGAAGCUCUCAUAUUUCUUCAAAAUCUUUCAAUUGUUGACAAAAAAUCUAUUGGAUUGUGUGGUAUAUGUAAAGGUGGAGGCAUUGCAUUAGCCAUGGCUUCUUUUCUGCCACAAAUCAGAUCAGUUGUUUGCAUAAACAGUUGUCUUCAUAGUAUUGGUGGGGAUACAGCAUAUCAUGGAGCUACUAUUCCCAAACUGAUAUUCAAUGAAAACGAUUACAAAAUUAGUGGGCAUGGCACAAUUUUAGUCAACACUGUAUACUCUGGUAUGCCUAUAAAUCACCCAUCUUUGAUUCCUUUUACUCAAUCAAAAUGUACUAUAUUAUUUAUUGUUGGACUUGACGAUAGUUCAGUAAAUGUAGAUCAUUAUUUAAAAAUUCUAAAUCACCAAAAAAGUUCAGCUAAAUCUGGGAGUAUUAAUGUUUUAACUUAUGAUGGUUUAGGCCAUUUAGUAGAUUCUCCGUAUAUGCCUGUUUCAUUUUGUGCUUUUCAUGUUCAAUAUUCAGAUUUGCUAAUUGAAUAUGGUGGAAGAAAUAUCCAUCUACAUGCUCUAUCACAAAUAAAAGUGUGGAAGGAUAUUAUAGAUUUUUUUGAUAACUCUUUGAAAUUUCCAAUAUGUUCCUUAUAGUAACUUUAUUUAUUUUCUAGUAACUCUAUUUUUAUUUUAUUCAUUGUUAUUAAUUAUUAUUUUAUUAAUAUUCGAAUAAUUUCAUUUAAAAUUUUGAAAAUAUAUUUUAAUAUUUAAACUUAAAAUUUUAAUGCAUGUAGUUCUGGACCUUGCAAACAAAUUAAAUAAUUUUUUUCAAGAAUCUUGAAGAUCUUAGCUUAAACUAGGAAUAGUAAUUUUUUUUUUAAACUUUUAAAAUUUUUAGUGGGUUUAAAUGGACUUAUUUUUUUAUAGUAUAUAGUAUACUUAUUUGUGUUAGUGUAAUUUACAUACACAUACACAACAUGUAUCAACAUCGUGUUUUCAAUCAGUAUAUGAUUUCCACACAAAUGCAGUGGAUGACUUCCUAAUCUUCUACAUUAUAUUUAAAUAACUUCUACUUUAUACUAAAAUAACUAUAAUAAACUAACUUUAUAUUAAAAUAGUUUUUUAAUAUUUCAUCUUUUUUUUUUUUUUUUUUUUUAUUUCAUCUUUACUUUUUUCUUAACAAUUUAAAUUUGUUUUCAAAGAAAAACCUUUGAAAAAUUUUUUUUGAGGGUUUUUACUUAUGUAUUUGUACAUGCAAUUAUGUAUCCACAUGUAUGCUAG